GUGGAAUUGCUUGGUUUAACAGACCAUCGGAAUUGAUCAAGGAAGAAGAAAACUGUCUCCCUCAGCCAGCUCAUGUUCAAGAUUUUUCAGCCCCACUUUAAGGGUACUGGGGUUUCAAUUCUGGAUGAAUUAAGUGACUGACAACUGCUAAAUACAACCUUUUCCAAGUUUUGGGUAAACAUGUUUGCCUUCCUUUGGGUCUGCAUGAGGUCCUUUCUUAAAAUGGUUAAUUUGUUGCUGAUACUGAUGAUGACGGUGGGAUUGGACAUUUUUUAUGGAGGACUUUUUGGUAGAAAUACUUUUCUGGUUUGUGCUUCUUCACCACGGUCAGUGGCCAGGAUGGAUGGAGACAUUAUUAUAGGAGCGCUCUUCUCUGUCCACCAUCAACCACCAGCUGAAAAAGUGCCUGAGAGGAAGUGUGGGGAGAUCAGGGAGCAAUAUGGCAUCCAAAGGGUGGAAGCCAUGUUUCAUACCCUGGAUCAGAUAAACAUGGACCAAAACUUAUUGCCUAACAUCACACUGGGAACAGAGAUCCGCGAUUCUUGUUGGCAUUCAUCAGUGGCCCUGGAACAAAGUAUUGAGUUUAUCAGAGAUUCUCUGAUAUCCAUGCGGGAUGAAAAAGAUGGAGCCGGCAAAUGUCUUGAUGCAACUCCCACUCCACAUGGACGAAUUAAAAAACCAAUUGCUGGUGUCAUUGGACCAGGGUCCAGCUCUGUGGCAAUUCAGGUCCAAAACUUGCUACAGCUUUUUGACAUUCCACAGAUUGCUUAUUCAGCUACAAGUAUUGAUCUAAGUGAUAAAACCUUAUAUAAAUACUUUUUGAGAGUUGUCCCAUCUGAUAUCCUUCAAGCUAGAGCUAUGCUGGAUAUAGUGAAAAGGUAUAACUGGACUUAUGUCUCAGCGGUUCAUACUGAAGGAAACUAUGGAGAAAGUGGUAUGGAGGCAUUUAAGGAGAUGGCUGCUCAAGAAGGCCUCUGCAUAGCACACACAGACAAGAUCUACAGCAAUGCUGGGGAGAGAAACUUUGAUCGCCUUCUUAAAAAGUUGCGUGAGAGAUUGCCCAAAGCCAGAGUGGUUAUUUGCUUUUGUGAGGGGAUGACAGUGAGAGGAAUUCUAAUGGCCAUGAGGCGCUUGGGAGUGGCUGGGGAAUUUCUGCUCAUUGGAAGUGAUGGUUGGGCUGACAGAGAUGAAGUAAUAGAAGGAUAUGAAGCAGAAGCCAACGGAGGAAUUACUAUGAAGCUGCAGUCGGCUGAAGUGAUGUCAUUUGACACUUAUUACCUAGGUCUGCGUUUGGAUACAAACUCCCGCAACCCAUGGUUUACUGAGUUUUGGCAGCAUCGGUUCCAAUGUCGUAUUCCAGGACAUCCACAAGAGAAUCGGAGUUUUAAGAAGAUAUGUAAAGGCAAUGAAACUUUAGAAGAAAAUUAUGUCCAGGAUAGUAAAAUGGGCUUUGUCAUUAACGCAAUCUAUGCAAUGGCUCAUGGUCUACAUGACAUGCAUUCAGCUCUCUGCCCAGGCCACGUUGGUCUAUGUGAUGCAAUGAAGCCUAUUGAUGGAAGCAAGCUCCUGGAAUUCCUUAUCAAGGCUUCAUUUCUUGGGAUUUCUGGUGAGGAUGUGUGGUUUGAUGAGAAAGGAGAUGCCCCUGGAAGGUAUGAUAUCAUGAACCUUCAACAGAUUGAGCCAAACCGCUAUGAUUAUGUGCAAAUAGGAGCUUGGCAUGAGGGAAUUCUGAGUAUGGAUGACUAUAGGAUACAAGCAAAUAAGAGUGGAAUUGUCAGAUCUGUGUGCAGUGAUCCUUGCUCAAAGGGGGAAAUCAAGGUUAUAAGGAAAGGUGAAGUGAGCUGCUGCUGGAUUUGCACCCCUUGCAAAGAAAAUGAAUUUGUUCAAGAUGAGUUUACAUGCAAGGCUUGUGAUCAAGGCGCGUGGCCCAAUCCUGGAUUGACAGGUUGUGAACCUAUUCCUGUCAAGUAUCUUCAAUGGAGUGACAUUGAAUCUAUUAUCGCAGUGGCUUUCUCCUGUCUUGGCAUCCUCAUAACAAUGUUUGUCACUUUGAUCUUCAUACUUUACAGAGACACGCCUGUGGUGAAAUCGUCAAGCCGUGAGCUCUGCUACAUUAUUCUUGCUGGCAUAUUUCUUGGCUACAUAUGUCCUUUCACAUUAAUAGCUAAACCCACCACCACUUCUUGCUAUCUACAGCGUCUUUUGGUCGGUCUUUCUUCAGCGAUGUGUUACUCUGCUCUUGUGACAAAAACCAAUCGAAUUGCUCGCAUUCUAGCAGGAAGUAAGAAGAAGAUUUGUACUCGAAAGCCUCGCUUUAUGAGUGCUUGUGCACAAGUGGUUAUCGCUUCCAUAUUGAUAAGUCUGCAACUUUCACUGGUGGUUUCUUUAAUUAUCAUGGAACCCCCUAUGCCUAUUCUCUCCUAUCCAAGCAUCAAAGAAGUUUAUUUGAUCUGUAACACAAGCAAUUUGGGUGUAGUGGCUCCUUUAGGCUACAAUGGACUACUUAUUAUGAGCUGCACCUAUUAUGCUUUCAAGACACGUAAUGUUCCAGCAAAUUUUAAUGAAGCUAAAUACAUUGCUUUUACCAUGUACACUACAUGCAUCAUCUGGCUGGCCUUUGUACCAAUCUAUUUUGGGAGCAAUUACAAGAUCAUCACCACCUCUUUUGCGGUCAGUCUUAGUGUAACAGUUGCCUUGGGAUGCAUGUUCACGCCUAAGAUGUAUAUUAUCAUAGCCAAACCUGAAAGGAACGUUCGCAGUGCUUUCACUACCUCCGAUGUUGUGCGUAUGCAUGUUGGGGAUGGAAAAACACCCUGCAGAUCAAAUACGUUUCUAAGUAUCUUUAGAAGAAAGAAGCCUAGCACUGGAAACACAAAUUCUAAUGGAAAGUCUGUGUCAUGGUCUGAACCAGGUGGAAGACAAGUACAGAAGGGGCAACACAUGUGGCACAGACUAUCGGUGCAUGUGAAGAGCAAGGAAACAGGAUCAAAUCAGACAGCUGUGAUCAAGCCCCUAACCAAAGGAUACCAGGCCCAGAACAAGAGUCUCACAUUUUCAGAUACUAGCACUAACACACUGUACAAUGUGGAAGAGGAGGAUGAAAAUGAGACAGGGAGAUUCAAUGCAAUGAUGAGCAGCCCUACAAGUAUAAUUCACAGGCGAUUAAAUUCAACUCCUCCUCCUUCUCAAGAAUUUGAUGAGGGGUCAAUGUACUUAUCAGAGCAAGUCUCUAAAAGUCUGCCUUUACAAAAAUCUAUCAUUGACCAGCUUCAUGGUGUGAUAGACAGAUUCUCAACUGGCAUUCCAGACCUCAACUCUGUUGUGCCUAUGCCAGGUACAGAAAAUGGAGUUGGGUCAACACUUUCAUCAAAGCAUCCACAGCAGCAAGUGCUUCCAUUUCAAACGGCGACUUUUAAUGAAGGUAUGGAUUUGCCUGCGGUGGAUUGUGAAAAGCUAAAUCUAAUUCACAAUUACAUAUAUGAUAGCACAGAUAUGCCUGAUGAGGAACUUGUUUCAAAUAAAUUGAUUUUGGAGGAUUCACCUGCUUUAACACCGCCCUCACCUUUUCGGGAUUCAGUAGCUUCGGGGAGCUCUCUGCAGAGUUCACCAGUCUCGGAAUCUGUCCUUUGCACUCCCCCUAGUGUUACAUAUGCUUCAGUUAUGUUGAGGGACUACAAGCAAGUCUCAUCGACUUUGUAGAUAAACAUAUUCUUCUGCAACUACAAUAUGAAGCACCAGAGGGCUUGCCUGAUGGCUAUAUGAAGAACAAAAAUCAUAUGUAAUAUAAAUAACUUAAAAAGCAAAUAACAACUGUCAUGCACUAAGGUGAUAUUCUGUAUACGAGGGCUUCAUAUUUGUUUUCACAUCAGUUUUUAUUUACUGUGUAACACAUUACAGUUACAUGCAGUACUUUAACAAGUGCACUGUAACAUCUGUAAUAUCUGAAUAUGACAACACUGUUGUAAAUAAUCACAUAACUACAUGGGACACAAUGGUCGCAAGAUCACCUGCCUACUGAAUGCUAUAAGAGCUGAGGACCAUAUUGUAAUGUAAAUAGUAUAUUUGGGGCUAUAUAUUUGGUUAGAGAGUAAGUCAGUAUUAGGGUAACUAACAAAAAAUAAUUUCGAAAAAUUGUUAAAUUAGGAUUUUUAAACAUUUUUAUUAUCUAUUUGUUUUUAAAAUAUUUGUUUUGUGUAUUAAACAAUGUGUUAUGUUGUUUGCUGCUAGUAGUAGCAACAAAUUGCAGCAUGUGUCAUAUCCCUGAAGAAUUCCUUCCCAAUGUGACUGGACAACAUUUUGCAGCUUGUCCUAACAUCUGAUAAUAUUUUGGAGCCUCACUCAGUGGGACCUAGAAAUCACUUCUUCAGCUUAUUCUAGUGAUUAAAUCAUGUGUAAGCCAAUGUUUCAGUCAUUUACACAUCUAUACCCAUUAUAAAGGCAUUUUAAAAUCCCUGCUGGCAAUCACAUUUUGCCUGCCUCACAUCUAUGCCUUUGGUAUAGAGGCAGGGCAGAGAAUUCCUUUUCCUUUCCAUUCAGCACUUCCUAGAUGUAACUGCACUCCUCAUAUUUCCC